AUGGAAACCACAAAAGAGAACCUGCCUGAAGCCGCUGCUGAUGUUUCUUCGACUCUUAUUUCUCAAGAAGACACACCUUUUCCUCCACAAAAACUUGACUUGGAAUUUCCGAAUCAAACAGAAUAUCUUUCGCAUAUAGGCGUAGAUAUAGGAGGUUCUCUGGCAAAAUUAGUAUUUUUCUCGGUGAAUUCGAAUUCUUCGUCAAGUAAAGUAGAAAAGGAAGAGAAAGAAGAGAAAGGAGAAAAAGAAGAAAAAGAAGAGAAAAGAGAAAAAGAAGAGAAAGAAAAGAAAGGGGGAAACUUAAAUUUUGUGAAGUUUAGUACAGAUAACAUUGAUGAAUGCAUUGAAUUUAUCAGGAAGCUUGUUGCGGAGAGAAGAUCUCGUAAUUGUAAUAAUGACAAGAGCCAUGAUGAUAAUCAAAAUGAGAAAAGUUACAAAAUAUUGGUGAAUGCAACAGGUGGCGGCGCGCAUAAAUACCAUGAGAAGUUUAUAAAUAAUUUGGAGGGAAUUAAGUUUGAGAAGAAGGAUGAAAUGGAUUGUCUAACUUCUGGAUUGAAUUUUCUAAUUACUCGUAUUCCAAAUGAAGUCUUCACUUAUAACGGUGGUCAAAGUCCAAUGAUAUGUUAUGAACUAAAACCAGAUAUAAUCUAUCCUUAUAUGGAAGCUUGUGAAUAUUGGAACAGGCGUAAGGUUGUUAUUAUUAUUAUCGUUGUUAUAAGAUAUAAAAAAUUGCAGUCAGAGAUCAUUAGAAAAGGAAUCAUCUAUUUUCUUAACAGUAUAUUAAAAGUUACUGGACCAAAUCAAUUUGAAAGAAUAUCAGGCUCUUCAGUGGGAGGAGGCACUUACUGGGGCUUAGCAUCUCUGUUAACUGGGGCCAAGUCUUUUGAAGAGAUGCUAGAAUUGAGUAAAAGUGGAGAUAAUACUAAAGUGGAUCUAACCGUCGGUGAUAUCUAUGGCGGGGAUUACACAAAACGAUCACUAAAAUCUUCCGUCAUUGCUUCGUCGAUGGCCAAACCUUUCAGGAAAAAUGAGCAUCAAGAGUUGAAUUUGAGUAAUAUACGCAAAGAGGAUAUUUCUCAAUCUUUAUUAUUAAUGAUUAGUAACAAUAUAGGACAAAUUGCAUAUCUGAAUGCACAAGUCCACGGAUUAAAUCGACUCUAUUUUGGGGGAGGAUACAUUCAAAGAAGCCUAAUCACUAUGAAUACGCUAUCAAAUGCCAUAAAGUUUUGGUCUCAGGGAACCAUGAAAGCAUUUUUUCUUCGACACGAUGGAUAUUUGGGUGCUGUAGGUGCAUUUGUUGAUGGUAGCGAUAAUCUUGAAGGACUUUAUUAG